AUGAUUCCACCGUCAGAUUCGGAACCAUCCGACGUCGAAAAUGAUGACAAUAUUGAAGAAGGAGUAGUUUCACGUAUAGCGUUAGACGAUUCAUCUUCCUGCCGAACUCUGUCUCCCGGGCUGGAAGAAUUUUUGAAUGGUUUUGAUGACGAUAUUGAUGAAGAAUUAGCGAGUCCUUCUCUAUUAAAUAAUUGUUAUGAUACUUUGGUGGAUUCCCCUGCAACGAGCAAUAUCUCUCUUGAACCUUCUCCAUCUGUGGUCACCACGUCAGUACAGUCUCCAAGAAAUAUUUCCACUGUUCAGCCGCAACAAUCAAUGCCAUCCCCAGUAACACCACUGGGUAUUUCAAUACGACGCACAAGAAACAUAAGAAAUUCAAAUGAUCCUUCUACAUCUAACCAAAAGCUUUGGAAUGAGGAUUUAUGGAACCACAUCGUCGAAAUGACCAAUUUAUACUCUAUGCAAAAACAAGGCAAGUCAAUAAAUCUAACAGUGAAAGGCAUAAAAUCCUUUGUCGGUAUUGAAAUUUUAAUGGGAAUAGUAAGCAUGUCAGCAUAUGCUGAUUAUUGGGCACAAGGUACUCGCUUUGCUCCUAUCACAGACGCUAUGUCUCUCAAAAAAUAUGAGAAUAUAAGAGGAAAUUUACACUUUAGUAAUAACGCGGAGGAUGAUCAUGUAGAUCGUUAUUUUAAAAUUAGGCCCGUGAUGGAGCACUUACGGCUAAAUUGUUUGGCGAUUGAAGAGGAAAAGUCGUAUUCCAUAGACGAGAUGAUGGUGCCGUAUAAAGGUAAAAAGGCUGGAUCUCGACGUCAAUAUAUGCCGAAAAAACCCACAAAAUGGGGUUUUAAAUUUUUUGUUCGAGCUGGGAAUUCCGGGAUAGUAUAUGACUUUUUCGCAUACGAUGGUAGCAACAGUUUUGACCACGCUGAAUUUACAGAGUGGGAAAAUAAUUAUCUCGGGAUUGGCGGGAGAACAGUUAUAAAGCUGUGUAAAACUAUAAAGGAUAAACCUAUGUCAACUGUUUAUUUUGAUAACUGGUUCACGUCUUUGGAGCUAAUAUAUCAUCUAAGAAAUGCAUAUGGAAUUCUUUCUUUGGGGACCAUAAGGAAGGACAGACUUAGAGGGCAGAAUAUUGUCGAAGAUAAAGUGCUGAAGAAAAAAGGUAGAGGAAGCUAUGUAAUGAUUUCAGACAAUAAAAAUAAGCUAUCAAUUGUGAAGUGGGUGGACAAUGACUGUGUAAAUUUAGCGAGUUCAUAUUGCGGAGAAGAGCCUGUUACCAGCAUUUUACGAUAUAAUAAAGAUGUGCGCGAAAAGCGGCCUGUUUCAUGUCCACACAUUAUCAAGGAAUACAACAAAAAAAUGGGCGGGGUGGAUAAAGCCGAUAUGUUGAUUUCUUUAUACAGGAUUGCUCUGAAAAGCAAGAAAUGGUAUAUGAACAUUUUCAGCCACCUCAUCGACAUUUCUCUGAAUAAUGCAUGGCUUGUGUACAAACGUGAAAUGCAGGAAAUGGGUGAUAAUUCUAUACCACUGAAAAGGUUUCGAAUCCAAAUUGCAGAUGCACUAAUAAAAUCUGACACGCGUAUAAAAAUUGUAAUAGAUUCCGAAAUUCCAGCUGAAAUCACUAAACCUAUAGUUCCGAGGCCGCCACCAGAGAUGCGGUUAGAUGGAAUCAACCAUCUACCCGAUAUCGAUACACAAGGACGGUGCCGUCUAUGUAUUAAAGGGAAAACAAUGAUAAAAUGUCUGAAAUGCGAUGUAAGAUUGUGCCUGACUCAAAAAAAGAAGUGUUUUUUGCAAUUUCAUACACAAAAAUAA